GGGGGCGGGGCCUCUGGGGGCGGAAGUGGCAGUGCAUUGUGGGCUCGCGGACAGCAGGGGACUUGGUCCUGAAUGAAAGUGGCGCGCAGCCCCUGACGUUACUGGGCAACAGCGGCGGAGAUUCGAAAGCCUGGGACCUGCGAGGCCGAGCGGAUCGCGAAGAGGUGGCGGCGGUGGCGCCGCAAGCCUGGGUAGAGGGGCGGCUCUGCGCGGCCCCAAGACAUGGCUCACAACAAGAUCCCGCCGCGGUGGCUGAACUGCCCGCGGCGCGGCCAGCCGGUGGCAGGAAGAUUCUUACCUCUGAAAACAAUGUUAGGACCAAGAUAUGACAGUCAAGUUGCUGAAGAAAACCGGUUCCAUCCCAGUAUGCUUUCAAAUUAUCUAAAGAGUUUGAAGGUUAAAAUGGGCUUGUUGGUGGACCUGACAAAUACUUCAAGAUUCUAUGACAGAAAUGACAUAGAAAAAGAAGGAAUCAAAUAUAUAAAACUUCAGUGUAAAGGACAUGGUGAGUGUCCUACAGCUGAGAAUACUGAGACAUUUAUUCGUCUGUGUGAGAGGUUUAAUGAAAGAAACCCACCUGAACUUAUAGGUGUUCAUUGUACCCAUGGUUUCAACCGCACUGGUUUCCUCAUAUGUGCCUUUUUGGUGGAGAAAAUGGAUUGGAGUAUUGAAGCAGCAGUUGCUACUUUUGCUCAAGCCAGACCACCAGGAAUUUAUAAGGGUGACUACUUGAAAGAACUUUUUCGUCGCUAUGGUGAUAUAGAGGAAGCACCACCCCCACCUCUAUUGCCAGAUUGGUGUUUUGAGGAUGAUGAAGAUGAAGAUGAGGAUGAGGAUAUAAAAAAGGAAUCAGAACCUGGGUCAAGUGCCUCCUUUGGCAAAAGGAGAAAAGAACGAUUAAAACUGGGUGCCAUUUUCUUGGAAGGUGUAACUGUUAAAGGUGUAACUCAAGUAACAACUCAACCAAAGUUAGGAGAGGUACAGCAGAAGUGUCAUCAAUUCUGUGGCUGGGAAGGGUCUGGAUUCCCUGGAGCACAGCCUGUUUCCAUGGACAAGCAAAAUAUUAAACUUUUGGAGCAGAAGCCAUAUAAAGUAAGCUGGAAAGCAGAUGGUACUCGAUAUAUGAUGUUGAUUGAUGGCACAAAUGAAGUUUUUAUGAUUGAUAGAGAUAAUUCUGUGUUUCAUGUUUCAAAUCUGGAAUUUCCAUUUCGUAAAGAUCUCCGCAUACAUUUAUCAAAUACUCUCUUGGAUGGGGAAAUGAUUAUUGACAGAGUAAAUGGACAGGCUGUUCCUAGAUAUUUGAUAUAUGACAUAAUUAAAUUCAAUGCACAGCCAGUUGGAGACUGUGAUUUUAAUAUUCGUCUGCAGUGUAUAGAACGAGAAAUAAUAAAUCCUCGACAUGAAAAAAUGAAGACUGGGCUCAUUGACAAAACACGGGAACCAUUCAGUGUCAGAAACAAGCCAUUUUUUGACAUCUAUACUUCAAGAAAGCUACUUGAAGGAAAUUUUGCCAAAGAAGUCAGUCAUGAAAUGGAUGGACUUAUUUUUCAGCCUAUUGGAAAAUAUAAACCUGGUCGAUGUGAUGAUAUUUUAAAAUGGAAGCCUCCCAGUCUGAAUUCUGUGGAUUUUCGCCUAAAAAUAACAAGAAUGGGAGGAGAAGGGUUACUUCCUCAGAAUGUUGGCCUUCUCUAUGUUGGAGGUUAUGAAAGACCCUUUGCACAGAUCAAGGUGACAAAAGAUCUAAAACAGUAUGACAACAAAAUUAUAGAAUGUAAAUUCGAGAACAACAGCUGGGUCUUCAUGAGACAGAGAACAGACAAAAGUUUUCCGAAUGCCUACAACACCGCCAUGGCUGUGUGCAACAGCAUCUCAAACCCUGUCACCAAGGAGAUGCUGUUCGAGUUCAUCGACAGAUGUGCAGCAGCUUCUCAAGGACAGAAGCGGAAGCACCAUCUGGACCCUGACACGGAGCUCAUGCCUCCCCCACCUCCCAAAAGACCGCGCCCUAUGACCUAAGACCUGCCUCCGACUUAAGGAGUGAGAGGAAAGACGACUGAGAAAAAAACUGCUUGUGCUCAUUUUUGCAGACAGAGAAAUUAAAAAGAGAUUGUGUGGCUUGAUGUUGAUACCCAUUUGAAGUUUUUUAAAAACGGAAAGUGUUGUAGCCAGCCUGUAAAUAUUUGAUGCGUUUGUUUUCCUCAGUGCGCAGGGCAUCACGGACUUACACAUGUUAUUUAUAGCCGAUAAACUCAGCCUUACCUUGUGGAAUCUGAAGAAUGAAAUAUCCAAAGGUUUGAACAAGAUUGAAAUUAAUGAAAAAGAGGCCUUGUUUAUAUAUGGGUAACUUUCAUCUUUAAUUUAUAAAGUUAGCAAUUUGGAACUGUGAGUACAUAGAACACUGUUUUUUAGAAGUUGUAUUUCAACUCUGGUAAGUUUUCCUUUUACAAAAUAGAGGCAAUGGCAUUACACAUUCUUGCUCUCAUUUAUCAUGGAUUUCCUGCAUUUCUGAGAUUCUUGUAGUGAAAUGACAGGGUUGUUAAGUAUGGUACUUAUAUUAAACAACUUGGUCCAGCUUAUAUCAUUUUAAGAAGUUUUUUUUUGAAAUGUAAACGUGGAAGCAUAAAGCUCCGUUUUUGCGAAUUGCAUCCUCGCUAAAGGAAGUACGUUGAGUAUUUUCAUCUGUUUCUGUUGCUUGAGCUACGUAUCAGAUACCCACAUGCCCUCUCUGGCAUUGGUUUUGAGUUACUUCUGAGAACUUCAAUCUACACUGCCCAUAUUUUAUGUGUGGUUCUCCUGGGGUUUUUUUUUUUUUAAUGCCAGGGCUCCUUCGGCUUUACCUCAGUGGUGUCAGCACAUUGUAAAUUACAUUAAAACACAACUCACUGUGACAUCAAACACAGAUGAUGUUGUGUUAGUUCCCUUGAACCAAACGGCAAAGGGAAUGCCAGCUGACUCCUUUGAUUGGAAGGGAAUGUUAGCGGAAUAGAAUGCUGUCGCUAGAAAAUGCUCUCCUACUGCUAGAUAAGUGCGGAGGCAAGGAGUAGACAUCUGUAGGAACCAAACAUCAAGGAAGCCAAGGCAUGUAUUUUCAAAGCCAGAAAUCUAUCUGUAUUCUAUUCUGGGGAUGCUAUUUCUGUUGUACAUCUGAAUUUUAAAGCAUUUACUGAUAGAUAAUGAACUUAAAGAGCAGCUAAUUGGUCACCUGCCAUUGUUAAGAAACUGUGUUCUGAUUGGUUUGUGAAGGAACUCUGAGAGUUAGCCGAUUAGAGGCUAAUGUAUUUAUUUUUAGAGGUACAGGUUUUAAAUGUGUGUAUUUAAAACAAAUGUCCAUGACCUGAAUUUUAUGUAUGUAUAUGCAUAUAUCUGUGAGUAUAUGCAGCAGUGUAUAUUCUUCUACUAAUAGAUAUGAAAAUCCAGACAAGCUACCUAGUAGACUGAAUGUCCGACAGGAUUUCUAUAUGAUAUAGCACAGAUUAACCAAAAAUGUAUUUAUAUUCACCUGAGUUUUAAUGUUUUUAAACAGUUUUCUCCUGCAGUGCUUUUCUAUAUGAAAUACUAGAGCCAUGCCUGGGCUUUUUCCUUUGUUGUUCCCAUCAUGUAAGGUAUAGUGAAUGAUAUCCAAAAUGCCGUUUUAGUGUUUUUUUCCUAGAACGCUUUUGUGCUUUUGGGCGCUGCAGGGAUUGAAGCACCUGACUGCCAUAGUAGCUAUCACAAGACGGAAAUUUGUCAAGGUCCGGUAGUAUCUUGUACAAAGCGAGUCUGAAAAAAAACUCCUAUGCAACUCCAAAUAGUCUGGUGCCUGCUUCACCAGGCUCAGUGACUCUUUUCGUACAGUAUGUUGCUUUCUUCUGAGCCUGUGUAAGUGCAGAGUCCUUUUGCAGAUAGAAGACCAAACAUUUACUGGUGAUCUUUAAUGGAGUUAAAAUAUCUAUGGUAAUUGUGACCUUUUAAAUGAAUUAUGUGAAAAGAGCAUCCCAUUUUUAAUACACCCAGAUAUUUUUCCUUUUCUUUGUGCAUUUUCCAGGACUUAACUUUCUCAAUUUAUUCCUUUUCCUUCAUUUACAGUGAAGUAUAAUUGGUGGCCUUAUAAGUAGACCCUGUUUAGCCCCAAACACACUACCAUCUGCAAUAUCAUCAAAAGUCAUCUAGAAAGGCAGGGGACAGUUGAGAGGCAGGGUUUGGAACAUCAGAAAGAAAACAGUUCCCUUUUUAGCCCUCUUCACAGUAACCAUUUUCUGACACUUAAAUUUUACAGACAAGAAUAAGAAAACUUUGUUUUCCUGAGUUUUCACAUGUAAAAGCUUUUGUUCGUGUUUGGAAAAGAUGUGGAUGACUCAGCUACCUGGAUGGUUCCAUUUGCUUUCCAUGAAAUGCUCAGAAAAAGUCAGGACAUUCCUUCUCAACUUGUGUGUCAGUGUGUAUUUUAAUAAAACUACUGAUUUAAA